UAUUUAUUUAUUUAUUUAUUUAUUACCAUUUUAUUAUCUCUCUCCAUCUUAUAUCAAAGCUGCACGAGAUAAUUAAUUAGCUCCCCUCCCAGGAAAAAAAACGUAGCGAAGAACACUAUUCUCACUAAGGAGCACACCAUGAUCAUCGGAACCCUAACCUUUAACCGAUCAUGCUGACUCUGUACAGUGAAACGAGCACCGGACAGAGUACGGAGACCAACACCGAGGCCGACGACCGGAGCAGCCGAGAUGAGCCGGAGCCAGCCGUGCGUGACAUACACGCGCUGACGCCGGAGGAGCGUUCGCACCCCCCCCCGCCGCCGCCGUCGUUCCGCGGCUACUUCUCUCCGGCGAGGUCUGCCAGCCUCAGCGACGCGAGCGAGAACUUCACCACCAUAAGCCGAGAGUUCAACGCCCUCGUCAUCGCAGGAUCUUCCAUGCCCAUGGAACACAACAACAACAACGGUAACGGUAACGGUAACGGUAACGGUAACGGUAACGGAAGUAAUAACAACGACCUGUUGUCUAGGAUAAGGGAGGAGGAGGAUGACUUUGGUCGGGUCCCGGAGAGGGAGGAGGAUGAGGAAGAGACGAACCCUUUGGCGAUCGUGCCAGAUAGGAUGAGUGGUCCGGAGGGGUCGGGGUCGGGGUCGGGGUCGGGAAAUCAGGGUCGAGUGGUGUCGGUGCAGAGGGUGAAGAGGGAGGAGGUGGAGGCGAAGAUAGGGGCGUGGCAGAACGCUAAAGUGGCGAAGAUCAACAACAGGUUCAAGAGGGAAGAUGCCAUCAUCAAUGGUUGGGAGAACGAGCAGGUCCACAAGGCCAAUUCUUGGAUGAAGAAAAUCGAGAGGAAGUUGGAGGAGAAGAGGGCAAAGGCGAGGGAGAAGAUGGAGAACGACAUAGCGAAGGCGAGGAGGAAAGCGGAGGAGAGGAGGGCCACCUCGGAAUCAAAGAGAGGCACUCAGGUGGCUAGGGUUCUUGAGGUUGCCAACCUCAUGCGUGCCGUCGGUCGACCUCCUGCUAAGCGCUCCUUCUUCUCCUUCUCUUCCCAAUAAUAUCUCUCUUCAUACAUAUUAUAUAUGUAUAUGUGGACCGCUAUUCAUUUUGGAAUUAAUAUAUACAUAUAUAUAUGUGUGUGUGUGUGUAUAUACAUAUAAGAGCUUAUGAAAGCGUUUUGUACGGUUUAACAUUUACUCCAAAUAUCCUUUCGUUUUGGAUAUUAAACAUGUAUCAAGAUGUGCUUUUAGAGAUUUCUCAUGCUAUAUUUUACUAUUUAUUUCA